CAACCAUCCACACACACCCCUUCCGAAACAUAAGUUUAUCUCCCCUUCCAUACAUAAAACAACCUCACUCUUCUCUCUUCUUCUUCUUCUUCCUUUUUCUCUUAUCCUUCUUCUUUCAAUGUCCCCAAUUCUCACGUAAGUUUCACUCACUCUCACUCUUUCAACUCAAAGGUACCAUAUUCUUCUGUUUCUUCUUUUUGUUUUAUUGGGGGCCACGAAUAUUGAUAUUGAUAUCACUAUCACUAUCACUAAUUUUUUUUCUUCACUUUUUUAAGUGAAUUUUGUUUCUGGAUAUGUUGAAUUAUCAACUGGGGUGUGUAGAGUAAUGAUAAAUUUUUGAACUUUCAUCUUAUUUGGACCAUUUUUUCCCUUUAUUUUUAUUGGUAGUUUUCGGGUUGUGGGGUGGGGGUAAAAUAUGCUUAUACUAGUUGGGAACGUGCAAGGAACAAUGGGUUCUGUGGCUACCCCAUUGAGUUUUGGAAGCUUAAUGGGUGUGAGUUCCAAUGGAGGAAGGUCCCGUUCUGUUGUGAGGAGGGUGUCCCUUUCAAGAGGUAACUCUAUUAAGGAUAAGAGGAGAUGGCAUUGUAUAUCACUGUCUGUGUGUAGAUAUUCUGUUACCACAACCGAUUUUGUCGCUGACCAGGGAAAUUCAGUGUCCCUUGAUUCUAAUAGUAGUAGAGGAAGCCAAGGUGGUGAUGAUGGUAGUGGUGGUUUUGUGCUUAAGCCUCCUCCUAAGCCUGUUUUGAAGUCCCAGGAGAAUAAGGAUAGUCCCCUUUUGGGCUCGAAUUCAGAGUCCUGGGGGAAUUCGCGGAAUGGCGAGUCCCUAGAUGAUGAUGUACAGGAGAGGAAUAAAGUGAUUGAGUCACUUGGUGAGGUGUUGGAGAAAGCUGAAAAGUUGGAAAGCCCCAAGUUGGAUGAUAAAAGGAAUAAUGGCUCAAUAAAUAAACCCACAGCGCCCAAUACAAAUGGUAAUUCUAAGGUCAGUAAACCGGUAAAUUCAGCUAAAACACAGAAGGCUAAAACCUUGAAGAGUGUAUGGCGUAAAGGGGAUUCGGUUGCAAAUGUACAGAAGGUUGUUAAGGAGGUACCUAAGCCUAAUAACAAGAGUGUGGUAGGGGAAAAAUCUGAAAUAGGGGCAGAAGAGAAGAUAACAUCCGAGUCUCGUGCUCCUCAGCCCUCAUCAAAAUCUCAGCCAAUGUUACAAGCAAAACCUUCUGUAGCUCCACCACCAAUAAAAAAACCUGUGGUGUUGAAGGAUAAGGGGGCAGCUAAUGCAUCUGUUAAAUCUAAAGAAAGGAAGCCUGGGCCGAUCUUAAUUGACAAGUUUGCUUCCAAGAAACCUGUUGUCGAUCCUGUAAUUGCUCAAGCAGUCCUAGCCCCUCCAAAACCAGGGAAGGGCCCUCCAUCAGGAAAGUUUAAAGAUGACUACAGGAAGAGAGGUGCUCCAGCUGGAGGAGCAAGAAGGCGUCUACUAAAUGAUGAUGAUGAUGUGAUUCCCGAUGAGGACACAUCGGAACUCAAUGUUUCUAUUCCUGGUGCUGCAAGAAAAGGAAGAAAAUGGAGUAAAGCGAGUCGAAAGGCAGCAAGGCUACAGGCUGCCAAGGAUGCGGCUCCUGUCAAAGUUGAAAUUCUAGAGGUCAGUGACAAAGGUAUGCUGGUGGAGGAGUUAGCCUUCAACUUGGCAAUCAGUGAAGGAGAAAUCCUUGGAUCUUUGUAUGCCAAGGGGAUCAAACCAGACGGCGUGCAAACUCUCGACAAAGAUAUGGUGAAGAUGAUAUGUAAAGAGUAUGAUGUGGAAGUUAUAGAUGCUGAUCCAGUCAAAGUUGAAUCGUUAGCAAAGAAAAGGGAAAUUCUUGAUGAAGAUGAUCUUGACAAACUCAAAGAUAGACCUCCUGUCAUCACUAUUAUGGGCCACGUAGAUCACGGCAAGACAACUCUUUUGGAUUAUAUACGGAAGAGCAAGGUAGCUGCUUCUGAAGCUGGUGGGAUCACCCAGGGGAUCGGGGCUUAUAAAGUAGAAGUACCUGUUGACAGAAAACCUUUGCCCUGUGUUUUCCUUGAUACUCCUGGGCAUGAGGCGUUUGGGGCAAUGAGAGCUCGUGGGGCAAGUGUGACAGACAUUGCUAUCAUUGUUGUGGCUGCUGAUGAUGGCAUUCGGCCUCAAACAAAUGAAGCUAUAGCUCAUGCCAAAGCAGCGGGAGUACCCAUAAUCAUUGCCAUAAACAAGAUAGAUAAGGACGGAGCAAAUCCUGAGCGAGUCAUGCAAGAGCUUUCUUCCAUUGGUUUAAUGCCAGAAGAUUGGGGUGGUGACACCCCAAUGGUUCAGAUAAGUGCUCUUAAAGGGCAGAAUAUAGAUGAUCUUUUGGAAACUGUUAUGCUUGUGGCUGAGUUGCAAGAGUUGAAAGGAAAUCCUGAUAGAAGCGCAAAGGGAACAGUCAUAGAGGCAGGUCUUGAUAAAUCAAAAGGACCUUUUGCUACCUUUAUUGUGCAAAAUGGUACCCUCAGAAGGGGAGAUAUAGUAGUUUGCGGAGAAGCUUUUGGAAAGGUGCGAGCUUUGUUUGAUGAUGCUGGAAAGCGUGUUGAUUUAGCUACACCCUCUAUUCCCGUACAGGUUAUUGGAUUGAAUAAUGUUCCGAUUGCCGGUGAUGAAUUUGAGGUUGUUGAAUCCCUUGAUACUGCACGUGAAAGAGCAGAAUCCCGUGCUGAGUUGUUGCGAAAUGAGCGUAUUUCUGCAAAGGCAGGGGAUGGCAAGAUUACCCUUUCUUCCUUAGCUUCUGCAGUUUCAUCAGGAAAGCUUUCUGGACUCGACUUGCAUCAACUAAAUAUUAUCUUGAAGGUUGAUCUUCAGGGAUCCAUUGAAGCUGUCAGACAAGCCCUGCAGGUGCUACCACAAGAUAACGUCACAUUGAAGUUUUUAUUGGAAGCAACAGGCGAUGUAACCACAAGUGACAUUGAUCUUGCAGUUGCAAGCAAAGCAAUUAUUUUUGGAUUUAAUGUCAAAGCACCAGGUUCGGUGAAAAGCUAUGCAGAUAAUAAAGCUGUUGAGAUUAGAUUAUACAGAGUCAUUUACGACUUAAUCGAUGAUGUCAGAAAUGCAAUGGAAGGGCUCUUAGAGCCUGUUGAGGAGCAAAUAAAAAUUGGCUUAGCAGAAGUGCGAGCCACAUUCAGCAGUGGUAGUGGUCGUGUUGCGGGAUGCAUGGUUAAUGAGGGAAAGGUGGAGAAAGGAUGCGGUAUUCGAGUCAUUCGGAAGGGAAAAGAAGUUCACGUUGGUACUGUUGAUUCUUUGAGACGGGUAAAGGAGAUAGUUAAAGAGGUAAAUGCUGGUCUUGAGUGUGGAAUUGGGUUAGAGGACUUUGAUGACUGGGUAGAGGGUGAUAUCCUUGAAGCCUUCAACUCAGUUCAGAAGAGGCGGACUCUUGAAGAGGCCUCAGAAUCCAUGGCAGCUGCCGUGGAGGGGGUAGGGGUUUAAUUAUAAGAUCGACCAAUGAUGCGCCUCCAUGAGAUCUUGGAUCAUAUCAUGCUUUUGCCAUAGCUGGUGAUCCAGCAGGGGAAAAAAAGGGUUAUACUUGUACACUCUUCAGUUGAGGGCAAUGAUCAUUGUGCAAAGAGGUCAAAACAUAACAUCAAAAUCAUGGUGAGGGAGGUUAGAAGUGAAAAAUGAUGUGUUCCAUUAUAUGCUGUAACAGUGUAUAUAAUACUAGUCUCAGCUCCUUGUAAAGAGGGUUAAAAAAAAAAAGAACUUUCAAUGCGUUGAUUCCUGAAUAAUCUUAGCAACCGUAUAAGCUGAGGAAAAGCAAGUGCAUUUUUUUCUUUUGCUAAUUUUUUGUAUGAUGCUCUAAGAUGGUUGCAUCAUCUUACACUACAGCAAAGUCUGGAAAAAUUGUAUUUUCUACUGUGUUUUGUUCCAACACAAAAUAUAGUUAGAUGAUCCAAGGACCAAUGUAAAUAUUUUGGUAAAAAAAUCUAUUUAAUUUGUGAAAAUCAAAACGGUUAUUGAACGAUCAGUUC